GGAUUGACUGGAGUGCUGCUACUUAGGAGCUGUAUUUCCUAAGCCUUUCAUCAAGAUCUGGUUAAGAAUAAAACUUGGAUUUUGAAGUGUUUGAGCAACUUGCUACUGCCCAAGUCAUGACACUCCCAUUUCGAAAGGACUUGGACAAGUACAAAGAUCUUGAUGAGGAUGAAAUUCUUGGCAAACUUUCGGAAGAAGAACUGAAACAACUGGAAACUGUUUUGGAUGAUCUUGACCCUGAGAACGCACUUCUCCCUGCAGGCUUCCGACAGAAAGACCAGACUGCUAAAAAGGCUUCAGGUCCCUUCGACAGGGAACGACUCCUGGCAUAUUUAGAGAAGCAGGCUCUUGAGCACAAAGACAGGGAAGACUAUGUGCCUUUUACAAGAGAAAAGAAAGGGAAAAUAUUUAUCCCCAAGCAAAAGCCUGUACAGUCUUACACAGAAGAAAAAUUCUCUCUUGAUCCAGAACUGGAGGAAGCCUUGACCAGUGCCACAGACACAGAAUUAGGUGACCUUGCAGCUAUACUGGGAAUGUCCAACUUGAUAACAAACAAUCAGUUCUGUGAUGUAGUAGGAAGCAGUAAUGGGGUUGACAAAGACAGCUUCUCAAAUAUAGUAAAAGGUGAAAAAAUGUUGCCUGUUUUUGAUGAACCACCAAAUCCCACGAAUGUGGAGGAGACACUGCAAAGGAUUAAAGAGAACGAUUCUCGUCUUGUUGAAGUUAAUUUAAAUAACAUUAAGAACAUACCAAUUCCAACGCUGAAAGAAUUUGCAAAAGCCUUAGAAACCAACACGCAUGUGAAGAAUUUUAGCCUUGCAGCCACCCGAAGCAAUGAUCCUGUUGCUGUUGCUCUUGCAGAUAUGCUGAGAGUAAACACAAAAUUGAAAAGUUUAAACAUAGAAUCAAAUUUCAUCACUGGAGUUGGAAUUUUGGCACUGGUUGAUGCACUGAAAGAUAAUGAAACAUUGACAGAGAUCAAAAUUGAUAAUCAGAGGCAGCAGCUGGGCACAGUUGCAGAAGUAGAAAUUGCCAAGAUGCUUGAAGAAAACACCAAGAUCCUCAAAUUUGGAUACCAUUUCACACAACAGGGACCUCGAGCCAGGGCAGCUGCAGCUAUCACAAAAAAUAAUGAUUUGGUUCGCAAGAGAAGGGUUGAAGGAGACAACUAGCAAAUCUUAUUGUCAAAACUAUGUGGAGAUUUCAAGGGUUGUCAAGGCACGCUCAUCAUCGUGGGCUUUGGCAAUCUUGGACUACAUUUACCUGGGUUAGAAGGGAAAAGACUGGAAACCCCAUUCCUUUUAAAGCAAAGCUAUAUUAAUAAUCUUUUGGUAUGCAUCACGUUUUUCAGAUUGAGACACAGUAACUGUACCAGUCUCUGUACCAUAGUUUUUGAUUGUUUUUUUUUUUAAGAACUUUUUUGUAUUCAAGACUUUGGCUGUACUUUCUACUAAAAAUGUAAUUGCAAAUCAAUGGUAUAAUUGUCUGUAGGUAAAGAAUGGGACAUUCAAGAUCAUUGGGCAGAUAAUGACGCAAUUGAAAUGUUUGUUACAAAAUCUGGGGGUGCUUAUUUACAUGGAGGGGUGUGUAUAUUCUUGAAAACAAUGUAUUAGUGAAAAGGGAUUCUUCACACAACAGUUGGACUCAUUGUGUAGAGCUGUUCAGCCUUGUUCAUAUGCACUGAAGAGAAAUCUUUCACAGCUAUCUUAUUUGUAAGUCUACUUUUUUUUAUUUUUUUAGUAGUUCUUGAUACUGUGAUUAAGUUUAAAGACAUCCCUUUAAACCAAACAAAAAUAAAUUGGCUAAGGACUUCUCCCAAGAGAUUUGAGGGACUAAUAAAGAAG